AUGCCACGCCGAAAAGCCGCUGACCGAGCAGGGCCGGUGAAGACCCGCUCUCGCGACGGAUGCAAGGAAUGCCGUGCCAGUCGUGUGCGAUGCGACACUAAGAAACCCCGUUGUACCCGCUGUUCUGAGAAAGGAUUACCCUGCACCACGACCCUCGUCCUGAAAUGGGAGUCCGAAUUCGCCAGCCGAGGUGUAGCCUUUGGCCGCGCCGGUGUCUGGAACAAACCUCGCCCUGAUGGUGCCUCCUCGAGCUCGAGCUCCGUCCCUUCGACACCUGCUACUUCGACCGCCGAGGACACAUACUGGUGCUCUUUGCCCACCAUUCAUCCGUGGGGGUUCGUCAAUAGCGGGGCACUCGCCUUCGAAACCCACGGCGAAGUCGAUGUCAAGUCGAACGAGCUACAGACACUGGUUCCGUUUAUCCAAGACAAUACCUCGCUAGGCCAAUUGCCUCUCCAUCUAUACUCGCUCGGUGAUCUGGGUGGACUUGCGGCGGCGCUCCAUCCGAACCCGAGAGCUGGCCCGUCUCUCUUCCCGGAUGUGACUCGGAUGGGCCAUGGUGACCUGAUGGACUAUUACCUCCAACAAGUCUGCCCCCGCACGACAGCUAGCUCGGCCGUCUCCUCGCCAUUUGCCUCCGUGAUUCUGCCUUUCAGCUUAUCUGCCUCGCCCACCCUCUUCAAAGCGAUCCAAGCCCUAGGAGCCUGCCAUCGGUCUCGUAGUGAUGCGUCGUAUGGUGCUUUGGGACUACGCCUGAAAUCAGAGACUCUGCGCGAUCUCCGAUAUCGUCUUUCAUCCGAGGGCCCCUCCAACUGCUGCAACGACCCCGAGAUAUUGGUCGUCAUGAUGCUACUCUGCCAAUACGAGAUCGUCGAUAAAUGUGAUCCACAUUGGACGAUCCACCUGAACGGUGCCAAAGAUCUGAUUCGCCUGAGGAGAGGACAAGCUACAGCUUCAUCAUCUCCGUCGGUGCGUGUCCCUGACCCAGCCACCGCCUUUGCGGAGCAUUUCUUCGCUUUCCAGGAUGUCAUGGGUCGAACGGCGUGUGCCAAGGAAGUCGCCUUUGGCAGUGACUACUGGAAAGCAGAUGAUCGGCACAUUGACAUGUGGAUGGGAUGUAGUCCGGAGUUGGUCUCCCUUCUCUGUGCUAUUACCGACAUGAGUCGAGCCCGACGCACUCUGGACUCUGAUUCCUCCCGCAAGAGCUUCGCACUCCGCGCAGCAUCGCUAGAAGGACAGCUCGAGCACCUCGUCCAGGAAAUCGAAGAGGGCGAUGAUGAUGUUCUCGUAUCCGGAGCUGAAGCCAAACGUCUCGCCGCGGUGCUUUACUUGCACUGCGCGUUGUACAGUGCCUGUCCCACUAGCCCGUUGGUCGCCCGUUAUGUCCGACAGAUUCUUCAGAUCGUGUCUGAUCUGUUAGAUCGAGGGUCCUUGACGAGCAUCACUUGGCCCGUCUUUGUCGCUGCGGUCGAGUUGGACCCAGCCCAGGAUGAGAUUUGGACGGACGAUAGCGGGAAACCGGUAUCUGGUCGAGCAAUUGUUCUGCGGGCGCUGGCUGCUAUGGCCGAGUCUACGAUUGCAAAUAUCGCACGCACUCGCGCCGUGAUUGUCCAGUUGUGGCAGACCCGAGACCAAGAUUUGGUUAAGGCACCACAGAUUGAGGGGAAUGACUGGGAGUGGUAUGUGGUACCGAUCAGUGAUGCCAUGAGCUUGGCUUGA